AUGGCGCUGGACAACUACUUUCACAACAAGAUCGAGAGCAUGAAGCUCGAGAUUAUUCAGGGUCAGGCUGUGUUGAGGCGACUAGAAGCUCAACGCAACGACUACAACUCCAGAGUCCGCUUACUGAGAGAGGAGCUCGGGCUCCUCCAACAGCCCGGAUCUUAUGUCGGCGAAGUCGUCAAGGUGAUGGGCACCAAAAAGGUCCUUGUCAAGGUCCACCCUGAGGGGAAAUAUGUCGUCGACAUCGCCGAUAGCGUGGACAUCUCAAAGUUGACCGUCGGAAAACGAGUUUCCCUCCUUUCGGACACCUACAAACUGGAAAAGAUGCUGCCCUCGUCUGUUGACCCGCUUGUGUCUUUAAUGAUGGUCGAGAAGGUUCCCGACAGUACCUAUGACAUGAUCGGUGGACUCGACCAGCAGAUCAAGGAAAUCAAAGAAGUCAUCGAACUCGGAUUGAAACACCCCGAACUCUUCGAAUCUCUGGGAAUUGCCCAGCCCAAGGGAGUCCUGCUCUACGGUCCCCCAGGAACAGGAAAAACAUUGUUGGCGCGAGCAGUUGCCCACCAUGCGGACUGCAAGUUCAUUCGUGUCAGCGGUUCCGAGCUCGUGCAAAAGUAUAUUGGUGAGGGAAGCCGAAUGGUGCGUGAGUUGUUUGUGAUGGCGAGAGAGCAUGCUCCUAGUAUUAUCUUCAUGGAUGAAAUCGAUAGCAUCGGAUCAAGUCGAGUGGAGGGCAGCAGCGGAGGAGACUCGGAGGUGCAGCGAACUAUGCUGGAACUUCUGAACCAGCUGGAUGGAUUCGAGCCCACCAAGAACAUCAAAGUCAUCAUGGCCACGAAUCGGCUGGACAUUCUUGACCCAGCUUUGUUACGACCGGGACGUAUUGACCGAAAGAUUGAGUUCCCGCCACCAACGGUCGAGGCUCGAGCGGACAUUCUACGCAUUCACUCGCGCUCUAUGAAUUUGACGCGUGGAAUCAACCUGACCAAGAUUGCGGAGAAGAUGAACGGAUGUUCCGGUGCUGAGCUGAAGGGUGUAUGUACAGAGGCUGGCAUGUACGCUCUCCGGGAGCGGCGGGUUCAUGUGACGCAGGAAGACUUUGAUCUGGCGACGGCCAAGAUUCUCAACAAGCACGACGACAAGGAAGUCAGUCUGGGCAAGGUGUGGAAGUAG